AUGUGGGCACCUCCUGGUGGUUAUGGGAUUGACCCGUAUCAUGUUAUUCUCAAGAAAGACUAUGAUCAGACUCAAGGCCGUGUGACCCCUUACAUGAUCUACUUGGAUCAUGACAACGGCGAUGUCGUCUUGGCCAUUAGAGGGCUUAAUUUGGCCAAGGAGUGUGAUUAUGCUGUUCUGCUUGAUAACAAACUUGGACAGACCAAGUUUGAAGGAGGUUAUGUGCACAACGGUUUGUUAAAGGCAGCCAUGUGGGUUUUUGAAGAGGAGCAUGUGGUUUUAAGGGAGUUACUCGAGGCAAACCCGAGCUAUUCGUUGACGUUUGUUGGGCAUUCGCUAGGUGCAGGGGUUGUGUCUUUGCUUGUCUUAUUCGUGAUUCAGAACCGGGCUAGGUUGGGGAACAUAGAGAGGAAGAGGAUUAGAUGUUUUGCUAUUGCUCCUCCAAGAUGUAUGUCUCUCCAUCUAGCUGUGACAUAUGCAGAUGUCAUAAACUCUAUUGUUCUACAGGAUGAUUUCUUACCUCGGACUACCACAGCUCUAGAGAAUGUCUUCAAGUCAAUUAUUUGGUAA